UUCCAACACUCUCUCUCUUUCUCUCUUGUGGGGUUUGGAGUAUUAUAUAAUAACCAAACAGUCCAAGGCACAUCUUUCCAGUACACCAAUCUCUCGCCAGAAAACACAGAGAGAGGAUCUCAAUCUCAGCUCAGAUCGAGAGAGAAUGGGUUUCUCUUCCCAAGAAAACCCUUCUUCUCUUUACUUCUUCUUCUUCUUGCUCUGUCUUACCACUGUAGUCUCUGCUUACACCAACACAAGUAGCAACAUUGGUGAGGAAGGAGGGAGAAGAGAGCUAGCUUCUUGGAAAUGCAAUUGGUUUAAAGGGAGUUGGGUUUAUGAUGUAAAGUACCCACUUUACGAUCCUUAUAAAUGUCCUUUCAUAGAUCCACAGUUUAACUGCAAGAAGUAUGGUCGUCCCGACAAUUUUUAUCUUAAGUAUCGAUGGCAACCUUCCUCUUGCUCUCUCCCUAGAUUCAAUGGGUUGUAUUUCUUGAGAAAGAUGAGAGGGAAGAAGAUAAUGUUUGUUGGAGAUUCACUAAGCACAAACAUGUGGCAAUCUCUUGCUUGUCUAAUUCACUCUUGGGUUCCUAACGCUCGCUACACUCUUCUUCGCCAAAAGGGUCUCGCUUCCCUCACCUUCGAGGACUACGGAGUGACGUUGAAGCUAUACAGAACACAGUUCUUAGUGGAUUUAGAUACGGAGAACGUAGGGAGAGUGCUUAAGCUGGAUUCCAUUAAGCAAGGCAAAAUGUGGAGAGGCAUGGACGUCUUGAUUUUCAACAGUUGGCAUUGGUGGACCCAUAUCGACCACAUCCAACCGUGGGAUUACAUGGAAGAUGGGAACAGAUUGUACAAAGACAUGAACAGACUGGUCGCUUAUUACAAAGGAAUGACCACUUGGGCUCGAUGGGUUAAUGCAUUCGUCAAUCCAUCUAAGACCAAGGUUUUCUUCAAUGGCGUUUCUCCGGUUCAUUACGAUGGAAGGGAUUGGGGAGAGCCAAUGAAGUCAUGUAAGAGUCAGACACAGCCAUUCUACGGGAGGAAGUAUCCGGGAGGACCACCAGUGGCCUGGGUGAUUUUAAACAAAGUGUUUAGGAGAUUGAAGAAACCGGUCUAUUGGCUCGACAUAACCGGUCUAUCUCAGCUUCGUAAAGAUGCUCAUCCUUCUGCUUACAGUGGGAACCAUCCUGGUAAUGACUGUAGCCAUUGGUGUCUUCCUGGUUUGCCUGAUACUUGGAACGUACUCUUUUACUCUGCUCUUUUCUCUUGAAGUACUUUAAAUUUAUCAUCAUUGUAUAAGUUACUGAGUAACAAUCUAUUUCUUUAGUUAACUUUGUGGUCGCUUGAUUGUUGACUAAAAUAAUGUUUUAGAUACCAACGUAACUCUAAUCAGGAAGAAAACAUCUCAAGAAAAC